AUGUUUUAACUCAGGAAGAGUUCAGAAAUCAAUAUUUGGUGGAAUAACCAUGAGGUUUUCAAUGAGGUUCAGUGCAGUGGUCUAUUUUUUAUCCAGAGAUGUACAUCUUCACAUAUUACAAUGUCUCCAUGUCCUGUAGGUUGGUAUAAUAAUUGUGUUAAUAAUUAAUAUAAUACCCAAUUUGCUAGUGAUGAAAACAAAUCAGACACACUGAGAAGCCAUCAGUCUUUAUAGUUUUACAGUAUUGUGUUGCCAUGGUGCAGUAACACCGGCUGGGUUCAACACUACACCAGUGAAUGUGAGUUUUUAUGGUCCUCUGUCAUACCUGCCUUCAUCCAGAAGCUGCUAAAAGCUAAACUAUAACAGUAUCACUUCUGUUGUGAGUUGAAAGAAGUCAGCUCACGUGUUCAUCUUUGUUUUCAAGAGUUAAGCCAUGUGUUUCAUCUCAGCUGCUGUAUUACUCUGACCAAGGCGGUAAUAUUUCUUUAAAUGUCUAUUUUAGUCUCAUGAAACAUUUUUGGCUGAUUUUGUGCUAUCUUUUCUGGGGUUUUUUUUUUCCCCCUCGGAACAUUUAGAGUGAAAUUUAAUCAACCCAUGCCUUAAAAAUCCACAGCAAUGUUCAUCAUUAACUUAGAAUGUUUUACUGCUGCAUCAGUGAAACUGUCUCUAAAACAGUGACAUCUGUGGUAUGCUGCAGUUUCUAUGAGGGGUGUGCCAGCGGAAAACAAAACUGAUAAGAGAGAUAACAGUGAAAUUGAUGUAGAUGUUUGAUCCAGAGCUGUGAUGGGCAGAGAGCCUACCCACAGGGUGUAUCCUGCCCUUCAUUCAUCAUGUGACUGCUGAGAUAGACCAGAGUCCCCUCGUGACCUUUCACCAAGCAGGUUUAUAUUGAACUACCGGUAGAUAAAAAAAAUCCAGGCAUGCUUAGUUUCAGUGUGCUUGCAAAUGUGACUUCAGGAUCAUCUGAAAGCAGUUUUCACCCUGAAUGGCAACAACUCCACCUGUUCUCCUCUGGCAUGCACGCUGCUCUGCUCUGGCAGCUGUGCAGAGCCUAACAAAUAGUUGAGAGAUAAGUUAGCACAGAGAGGGCUUCAUAUCACAGAUCCUCACUGGAAAUGAAUGUGGUGACUCAUAGAGGGAGAAUUAUAAACCGUUCUAGUUUGUUUGUAGUUUGCAUAGAGGCCACUGGAGGUCAGCAGUAUACCGCAGCCUUUCAAAGGUCUCAGCACUGAUGGUAUUUCAAAAGUUCACUUCUGAAGUAUGAGUUUACACGAAUAAACUAUAAGUAGAUUUUCUUUUUUUUUUUUUACUUAGACACAUUGAACUUUAUUGCACAAAAAUACUUCUUUCACCUUAUACUUUUAUGAACUUAACACAAAAUUGUCAGAAUGAAUCUUGUAGGGGAAAAUAUUUUACUUUGUGCAAAAAUGUAUUCAGUCAUCUUUCGCUGUUUUAUAUUUGGCUUUCUAUGAUUCAUACAUGAAAUCAAACAUAUACACACACACACAGCAUAAAACCAGUCGGAACCUUUGAAAGAAAUCAUUAACGAUGGUGUUCAUCUUUUCCAUAUAAAGUUCUUGAAAUGCCUGACACUUCUUCUUUUACCCUCCACUUGCUCACUUAAUAUUACCAAAUAAUAGGAUAGGGGAACAUGUCUUGGGAAAGAGCAAAGGAGCCAAGGAAGUCUGGCUGCUCAGAAGAAAAACAUGACGAAAUUGAAGAUAAUCCUGGACUUCAUAACUAUACAGUGUUUUGAGCAAACACUUUACUGAACACAGCAUCAAAACACAUUAAAGAAGGAAAUAGUUUCUUUGGUAGAGUUGAACAGAACGUGAAAUGUUUCCCAGUGUUUUUCCAGUGUUUUUCUGCUGGACCCAUCCUUCCCAUUGUUGUACACAGUUAUUUUUAACAGGGCGUCUGGUAGUCAUUUCGAUGGGGUUCUUCCUGUGACUAUGUGCUCCUAAUUACUUUUUGAAUAACUAUUUAGUUUCCCAUAUGUGUUGGUCCCCUUUAUAGAAGCUGCAGCAAGCUUUUGAUGUAUGAGUCAUUACCUCUCCUAAUUUGUAUAUUUGCAUCCAGGGCAAUAGCGACAGUUUUGAUAUUAUUUUUGCCAGACGUAGCGUAGGAAGCAUGACAACUUUUCUGCCACCUAAAUUCCUGCUUUGUAAAAGCGGACAUCUCACAGAGCUUUAAAGAAGUCUGAUCUGUAUUCAGUGAAGAUGCAGCAUCUAUUAAUCUUCCUCCUUAAAUUGAUCCGGCCGUCCUCCAGAGAAAGCCUUCAAAAGUUGAAGGAUCGGGAAACAAUGAAUGCAAAAAGCAGUAUUAUGUGGAAAGUUACUUACAUUAUAGGAGCUGUAAUCUUUUAAAGGCUUUCUACCCUAAGAGCAGGUAUCUGUGGCUGGAAGUGAUGGAGGUGAUACUAAAGAGAUGUCUCCGGUCACAGAGCAUUUCCCGGAUUUCCCCCUUCCUGGUAAUUUUUGCAGACUGCUCUUGGAUUAAAGGCAAAGGGCAAAUGUUUGGCUAAAGGACGGUAGCCCAAUGACUGAGAUUUUCUUUUCUUCAACUUUGAUCCUUUACAAAUAGAAAAAGGAUUUUGGCUUUGCUGAUUUUUGUUGUUGUAAUGCAAAGGAUUUGAUGUCCAUGGCUUACCCUGUCUUCUCAAAUGGAACUAGGAAGAAUGUUGUAAAACACUUUCUAUAAACAUUAUAUAAGAACUUUAAUAAAAAUAAGGUCCAAAACAAUGUCUCCUUUGAUUACAGCUCCUACAAUGUAAGUAACUUUCCACAUAAUACUGCUUUUUGCAUUUAUUACCAUUUCUAAUUGGGUUCUCGGAACCUUUGUAGACAACUUGAAUCAUGUUAUGCCAACGCAGUGUCUUACUCGUCUUGUUUCAGCAGCAUGAGUUAAAAACAGACAUGGUUAUCAGAUCAAGCCACACCUACUUCUUAGCUAACCCAGCAAGCCAUCACUUUUUCAGGCAGACAUGAACAGCAGAAAAUUAGUUAAUAAGAAGCAGAAAACAUUUCUGCCAGAAAUAUUUGAUCAUGCUUUUACAUCAGAUUGACUUGGAGUUGUUGCAUGUGAUUUAAAGUAAAAUAUAAAAACUUGUAGGAAGUAAUAUAUACUUCCUUUAAUGUUUUAUUUUUGUCUUAUCCGUAUACCAUUUCUUUAUUCAACAAAGUCAGUUUUUCAGCAGUAUUCAUUUGAUACCAGUUUUGACCCCCUUUCCCUCAUUUGGCUUAUAUACAAAGAUAUCAUUGAGUCUUCUUGCUGAGACUAUAUUUCCAAAGGUUCUUACAAUUCAUGUUGAGAGCCGGGUUGAGGUAAAACCAUUAUAGAGGCUUAAUGUUCGCCAGCCUUGUUUGAAUGUUUGAUUUGCUUUUCUUUCAAGCACACAGCAGUUCCCUUGGGUUUCUUGAGCUGUGUUGAUCUGUAAAACCUAAAAGUAAUCCUUGCUCUGCUGUAAUAAGAAAUUGUUUCUGUUGAAAGAUGAAGAAAGUGUUACCUGAAAAUUGCAUCCUUACCUUAAAAAUAAAAUUUCAUUAUAGGCCUCACCAUGUUUGCAGAGCUCAAUUAAUUUUGGGAGCAUGACUCAGUUGCUUCGGGGGGGCGGCUGCUGCUGCAGUUGAGGCAAGUUUUAAAGGACUCAGAGUGUAUUAAAGCAGUAGGACUUCCAUCAUCUGGCAUUUACCGAGCACAACUUAGCCUUAGAAAAUGAAUUGAGGACAGAGACAUUGAUAACACCUAAUUUUUUUUAGGUGCUCACAGAGCUCUAUGUUUUUACCACCAAAAAGCGUUCAGAAGAGAGAGAUUUCGGUUAAAGUUUUAAAAACCUGCACAAAGUUACACUGAGGUUUGUGUCUAGCAUUUUCUUUGUGUUACUUCAUUGUCUGGCCUUCUAGGAAGCUUCUGUCAAAUAAUCUAUAUCCUAUUAUUCUAGCAUGCCAAUCCUUUGUGAGAACUCAUCACGUUGUUAUGAUACUGUAAACAUCAUAUCAUCUCAUAUUGGUUCCUAAGUAAAGGAGUAGCUGAGAAAAGCAUAGAGGUGAGUCAUAAUCUUGGAUGUAUAAGUAUUCAGAAAGAGACAAAAGGUGAAGCAUAUGGCUGCACAGAUGGUUAGAGUUAGAUUAGAGCAAGGUCUUUAUGUUAAAAGCUUCCAUUAAAUCAACAACUUAUUAAAUGGCUUUAGAAGUGUCUGAAAAUACAACAUACAAAGGAAUAAAAAUGUUUUUCUUUCGUGUUAGAUGCAAAUAAGGGGCCUGAUUCUUGCUUGCUUUCUUCUUAAUAAAAGGUUAUAUGCAGCCCAGUUGUAUAUGUUUCGGUGCAAACAUAUUCAUACACCUUUAAACUUUUCAAUUUUUUCAUGCUACAACCAUAAAGUUCAAUGUAUUUAUGUCAUAGACGUAGCAACACAAGCUAGUAGUGCAAGUCUCUAGCUGUGCAAAGGUGGUUUGGUUUAAACCCAAAUGAUUUAGACUAGUGAUUGGAAAGAAAGGUUCCAAUUCAAUGUGGCUUAGCACAAAAGCACAAAACAUUUUUUAGAUUAAUAUUUUUUCACUAUUUCCAGACACUGCAAGUGAUUUCAAUAGGAUGUGAAAUCUGAGGAUGAAGUGAAUAGACAUUUAAAUUGCUUUCUUUAGAUGCUUUCAAACAAAAUUGAACAAAUCAACUUUUUUUUCUAUCUUCUGUCUUGCUGUCUACAGGCAAACCCAUCGAUUUAUUUGGUAUCUAGUUCAGGGUCAAAGAAACGACAAGAGGAAGGGCAUACACUCGAGAGAAUAGGGAAAACACAAAAACACAUGAGAAACACACCCUUGGAGGUGCUUGGACAGAAGGAAAGGAGGUGGAAAAAGUGUUAAACAGUGAAGAGUCACUCCCAAGAUCUUCUUUCUGUCAGACACCACACCCCCAUGCUACCUCAGUGGUAUAUCUAUAUCAUGAGAUAUACUGAUCAAAAUCUCAAUGAAAGUUAUGGCUUUUUGGAACUUUUCUAAAUGUUCAGAAAGUUUUUAGUUCAGGAUUGCUUCAUAGGAAAAACCCCCAAAAACUUAUAAAGUCAUAUAAAGUUUUUAUAUGACUUUAAAUGGAGAACUGGACAAAGAUGUAGACCAUCUGUGCUUUUCUGAGGUGGAGGACUUUCACUUCCAAAUUAUCCCCUGAAGUGUGUUAAAGAGUUGCAGCACUGAGCUGUAUCAGUCUGUGCCACUGACUUUAGCAGAUACUGUAAUGCCUUAAGUACGGGUUAUCAGAGACCGCGCAGGAGAAAGAUUAAGGGCAGGCUGCCUCCGCAACUCUGUCCCACAGCAAAAUUUCAGACAAAAUGAGGACGAUUGUGUUUUGGCUGAUGGAUGUGCACUGUGCAUUUUUAUUGUGAAAGAAACGAAGACCAAAUGAUUUUUUUCAGACAGUUUCAUAAACUGAGAGUCAUAAAAAUGUAGACUAAAACCCUCGGAUUCAUUACUAUCAGUCAGCGUUAAAACAAAGAGCAAGACUCAGUCAGGAAAGUUAUAUGCACAGAUUACAUGACAAAGAUAUUCUUCAGUAAUUCUAUAAAAAAAGAUUAUUUGACUCUAGGACAGUAAAACAUUUCAAAAUCUCAAUGCGCAUUGAAAAAGAAUCAAUGUAGACACUUCUACAAUUAUCCAAUCUUGACUUUCAUUCUUCUUAGAAAAGAUGAAAGCAAGAACAAAAAAGCUGCUGUGUUGCAUUAGCAUUAUUCUUUACACACUCAAGCACAUAUUGUACUCCAGCUUCAUAUUAUGUUCAAUGUGUUGACAUACGGUAAUUCUGUUCCUUUGUUGAUUUCAAAAUGUUCCAGUAGCAAUGCAUUACGUGAAGUAGAAAAGUAUAUAUAUAUAUAUAUAUAUAUAUGACAGAAAGGUUUUUAUAUGACUUUAAAUGGAGAACUGGACAAAACCUCCCCCAAAAAUCACUGUUACCACGAUUAUGUGCAAUCACAUCUGCUCAACAUCCACUGGUACCAAACUGUGAUUUGUUUAAUGAAAGAAAACUUUGCCAAAGUUUAUCUACAAACUCCAGUGUAUGUACGCAACUCACAUUUAUCUCCACAGAUGUUCCUUUCGCCUCAUCUGAAGUUGCCCACUCCAUUAGGCUUUCUGGAGAAAGAUCGUGUUUUCAUCAGCUAUAAGUCAUCAAAUUUCAGCCUCUCCAUCUGUCGCUAUGCUACAUAAGAAAUCUUACAUCAAUUUCUUUCUUUAAUAUAAAACACAGAAAUAAAUUGUCAGUGUCCAAAUGGUGUGCUAUUUUAUUUUGUGACAGAAGACAAACAGGACUUGGCACCAGUUAUGCCGAUCUCGCUGAGCUUUUCUAUAAAUCCUAGAGAAAUCCUAGACGGGACUAAAUGAUGCUACUGAUGCUGUGCAUGCAAAAUAAUAAUAAUAAAAAAGCCCAAUCCACCAAUGGUGAUCUAAAACUGCAAGUCUUCAUCUUUACUGGACAAACAAACGUCUUGUUGGUUUGAUUUGAAAUCAUCGUCCAGGCAACAAUUAUGGCCACCAAAGAGAAGUUUGAACGGCUUAUUGAUGAAGGUGAAUGAAUGAAAGGCUCUUCCAGGAACACAGGAGAAAUCCAGGACAGCACUGAGUGGGGGAGGCAUGUUGCAAGUAUAAAAAGUAGAAUAUGGUUGAGAGAUUAUGUAAAUUAUGGAUGACACAGUUGGGUUGCUGUUUGAGAGUGCUGGAGUUCUAAGGGGGCAAAGGUGAUUAUACCCACAGAGGCUGAGAUCCACAGGUGGUGCUUGUGUGUAAUGAUUUCUUCGUUCUUUCUUCCAGGAGGAGAUGUGAGAGGCAGUGGAGCACUGGAAGGUGGACAGGCCAGCAAGUAAUGGUGGAUUAUUGGUGGGGGGUCCUGACAGAAAGAAGCAGAGGAACAGGCAAGAAGAUUCACAGAGAUAGAGUAACCAAAAAUUGAAAUCAAGUAAGAGCAGCUCUCCAUGACAAGUAUAGGUAUAUUGAGUACUGCUGAUGUAUGGAAAGCAUAGAAAAAAAACUUUUUAGCAGCCUUUGCUCUAGUAGAAAAGAUUGGGAGAAAGGAGAAAGGAAAGACAUGCAGCAAGUGGUCCGAGACCAGGAAUUGAACCCACAACUGCAUCGACCACUCAUACAUGUUUAUAAAUGUCAAUAUUUCUAUAUUUCGACAUGCAAAUAUGACCAUUCGAUUACAUUUUCAUGUGUCAUUACUUUCCUGCCAAACCAAGUGCCUCUCUGACUAAAAACCAUCUGGCUUAAGUCUGUUGACCUGACAGGCUUUUGACCAAAAUAAACUGGCCCUGCAGCUGAAACUGUGUAUUGAUUGUUAACUUGUCUUCUGGAAGAGGGUGGAGGCCUCCAUCGAGGAGCACGUGCACUGCAAAAAGAAAAAAAUCAAUGCACCGAGGCAUAAAAAAAACAAAGGAAACAGAACAUCAGAUAUGAGUACAUGGCUCCUUCACAGACAUUUUGCUGAGCUGUAGGAGUUCCCCAUUAAAAUCCAAAGAAUUUGAACUAAAAAGUAAUAUUUGUUUUUCUUUCAAGCAAUUCAGGCACACGAGAAAGUUAAAAACACGAUAAAAGUUUCUGCAAUCAAGCGCACCUUCUACUGACAUUAUAUAACUACGUGUGCUUCUGUCCACCUCUUCUUACCUCUGUGCAUGUCAGAGAAAGAGAGAGAGCGACAGAGAGAAAAAAAAGACAGGGGGGCAGGGUAGAUUUCUAUUUAAAAGCCAGUGAAAUUUCAGCAGUAGCUACUAAAUUGUCUGAAAAAUGCCUUGUCGUGAUAACCUUCGAUUCUCUGACAUAUUUAUCAGCAUUAGAUGAUAUUUAGGCGGGGGUUGGCUCCCUUGUGGCUCCUAAUCAGCACCAAGGACAGCACCAAGUUGCGCCGGAGCGCUGCGUCAGAUCACGUUAGAAAACCUCAGAGCAACAACACAAGCUGAUCCUCAUAACAAGCUCCACAAUCUGACAAGAAGCUCUUAUUUAUUUUCAUCUAUUUGUUUGUAAUUUCAUCAUUUUAGAGUUUAGAUAUGUUGCCAGCAUGACGCUCAUGCCGAGGACUUUAUUGUUUCCCAAGUCACGAAGUUGGAUCAGAGAAUGACUUUACUGAAGAUUUUCGGGAAUAAAAAAUUAAAAUGUCUGGAGAAUUGACGGACAUCAACGAUGAAGGCUCGGUCGGGACUGCUCACGCUGCCUCCGCCAACUUCAGCUGCGUUUUCAAUACUUCAAACUGCUCGCACGCAGACUUUCACAUGUCGGACUUCACUAAAACCGAUUUCGUCGGAGACGGCGCCGCUUUUGUCAGGAUUACAAUCUCUGUGAUCUACUCUCUGGUUUGCGCGCUGGGUCUGGUCGGGAACUUACUGGUUUUGUACCUGAUGAAGUCCAAACAGGUGUGGAAGAAAUCCUCCAUCAACCUGUUCGUAACUAGUUUGGCGGUGACUGACUUCCAGUUCGUUCUGACUUUGCCUUUCUGGGCCGUGGAGAACGCGCUGGACUUCACCUGGCCCUUCGGCAAAGCCAUGUGUAAGAUAGUUUCCUACGUAACGGCAAUGAACAUGUACGCCAGCGUGUUUUUCCUCACGGCCAUGAGUGUGGCGAGGUAUUGCUCCCUCGCCUCGGCGCUAAAAGGCAGGCGGCGGCGCACACACUGCUGCUCCGCGCGGUGCGUCUCAGUCUUCAUCUGGUUCGCCGCCGUCUCCGCCGCCCUACCGCACGCGGUUUACUCCACCACCGCCACCGUAUCCAACGAGGACCUGUGCCUGGUGAAAUUCCCGGAGACUAACGGGUCAGCGCAAUUUUGGCUCGGACUCUAUCACUCCCAGAAAGUGCUGGUGGGCUUCCUGGUGCCUCUGGGAGUCAUCUCGGCGUGCUACCUGCUGCUUUUGCGCUUCAUCACCUCCAAGAACAUUAACACCUCCAGCGCGAAGCGACGCGCCAAGGUCACGAGGUCGGUCACCAUCGUGGUUUUAUCCUUUUUCCUCUGCUGGCUGCCCAACCAGGCGCUCACAGCCUGGGGCAUCCUCAUAAAACUUAACGCGGUUCACUUCACUUAUGAGUACUACACCAUGCAGGUGUACGUCUUCCCCGUGUCGGUCUGCCUGGCGCACUCCAACAGCUGCCUGAACCCCAUCCUGUACUGUCUGAUGCGACGAGAGUUCAGAAAGGCGCUCAAAAACCUUUUCUGGCGCAUGACCUCUCCGACUGUAACCACCAUCAGACCGAUCACAGCCACCACGAAGCCAGAGAUGGAUGAGCAGGGACACCCACUGAUGCCGGGCAACGCGCCACCGGUGCCCGACAUGGUGUUCUUUCCUCCGGGGGCGGUGAUUUACAAUGACCGGCGUGACCUGCCGCAAAACAGCACAUAGUCUAACCACGCCAGGGAUAGUUUAAGUUACGCGGGAAGCUGAUGAAAUGUAUGUAGUUACUGCAAAGCCAAAAUGUUCCACUAAAAAGGCGAGACAGCUAUAGGGUCAGUUUUGGAUACUGGUCAAAUGGCUCACCACCCUGGGGGUGCAAACCGUUUGGGGGCAGUAAAAUUAACUUUUGAGGAAGUUAAUUUCCUCAAAAGGAGUAUGUACAGUAUGUGAUGCUUGUGAGCACAUACAUACUCACAAGCAUUACAGUUAAUAAAUCAAUGCUUUUAUGAAGAGGACUAUAUCUCAAAAUAUAAUUUCAAAAGUCUCUGUUCUCCGUAGAACUUUUAUCAUUCUAUGUGUCUUAGAUUUGAACAAGAGGAAUGAACAGCAUGUCAUAUACUACGAUAAGGGUAUUAUGUGUUUUAUUGUUUAAUGUUUGUUUGUUUUGAUAUUUUAAAAAGUAAAAAGACUUUAAAGAUAUCUGGUCUCCCUUCCUACAUCUUGUCAAACACUGUAACAUGUAAACUUCAUUUUUUUUGUUUUUGUGCAGAUAGAGUGAGCCCUGUGUGUUUCUUAAUUUUCAUCUAUUUUUUUUUCUUUUCAUGUUUUUUUUGUAUGUCUGUAUAGCAGAACAUUCUAAUAAAAAUAUUUGGGGGAAAAAAGUAAAAAAGAAAAAAAAAGAAUUAAAUGUGAAAGUAAAAUGCAUCAUCAGCAUGUGGCAGAAUUGCUUUCACUUUUCCUAUUGACAUUUAUUAUUGAACACUACUAUGUAAAAAUUAAUCAACUGAUUGUCACAAUCUGAGGAUGAAGGAAGCCAUGGCGGAGGACUGGUAUUAAGUCAAAGAGGAAGAAGAAAAAAACAUGGAUGGCCUUUCAAAAGGUGCAAGGCAAUUUCCUCUGAACAGUACCAUUGAAAGAUCCAGUAAUGUGUUCUUCUUUACAGGAAAAUAAGGUAGCAGGUUAAAAACAAAAUCUGAAAUUAAAAAGCAUAAACUCAAAACCAUUUAGUGCCUGAAAGAAAACUGCCAAGACUUUCAAAUCUAUUCUUUAGUAAAUGGAGAGGCAAUGCGGUGAUUUAAGGUCUGCUGUACAUGUUCAUCUCAGUAAAUUAAAACAGGCAUUCCUAUAUGAAGCUCGUUUGUCAAAUUAAAAGUACGUUUUGGAAAAUAAAUUGGUCUCAUACUUUUCAUUUAGUCAAUGUUUCUGUAAUAAAAAAUGUUUUUUUUUUUAUUGGUUGGAUGUAAUAUUCGAAUCUUGUAAGAAAUUAAAUGUGUUUUCAUAACC